AUGUGCCAUCUGCAAGACCGAAAGGGCAUACAUCAAGCGACCCAAGAACCACGCAAAGCUCUGCCGAGAGUGCUUCAUCAGAGUUUUCGAGGACGAAAUCCACCACACCAUCACAUCAUCCAAAUUAUUCUACCCCGGAGAGAAAGUUGCCAUUGGAGCCUCCGGUGGCAAGGAUUCGACAGUCUUGGCCUCCGUUCUCAAGACACUCAACGAACGACAUGGAUACGGACUAGAUCUUGUCUUACUGAGCAUAGACGAGGGCAUCACCGGCUACCGAGACGACUCCCUCCAAACAAGCUAUACGACUGGACCAUGGACGAGGUCGUCCAGACCAUCGGCAAAAAGGGGAACUGCACCUACUGCGGUGUCUUUCGACGGCAGGCUCUCGACAGGGGCGCAAAGAUGUUAGGGAUCAAGCAUGUUGUCACCGGGCACAAUGCAGACGAUGUGGCCGAGACGGUCAUGAUGAACCUGCUGCGCGCGGACCUGUCGCGUCUCUCGCGAAGCACCAGUAUUGUGACAGGAGACAAUAGGUCUGAGGUGAAGAGAAGCAAGCCACUCAAGUACGCAUACGAGAAGGAGAUUGUGCUGUAUGCCUUCCACAAGAAGCUCGAGUACUUCAGCACCGAGUGUAUCUACAGUCCCGAGGCCUUCCGUGGAAGCGCCCGGGGUCUCAUCAAGCAGCUGGAAAAAGUACGACCAAGCGCUAUCCUGGAUAUUGUACGAAGUGGAGAGGACAUGGCAAGAUUGGUGCCCGGAGAGUCACCAUCAUUUUGCGGGUGCAAAGGACAGAAAGCGCAAGCACCUGUGGCCGCUGCUGUGGAAGAGGGCAUAGGUGGUUGCGGGUCAACGAACGGCCGCACUCCAGGAGGUGAAAUGGCCGCCUUGGAUAAGCAGCUCAGGGAGAACGAAGAGUACGCAGAGCUAGAGGUCGACGUCACAAAGACAAUACCCAAGCCAAAGCAAGGAGAGAAGGAGACACAAAAGGAACUACCCAUCAGAACUGCCAGUGCUCUAUCAAAGGGAGGACGACAGGUUCUAGGACAGUGUAAGCGCUGCGGGUACAUGUCAAGCCAGGAGAUAUGCCAAGCAUGCACGCUCCUGGAGGGGCUGAACAAGAACCGGCCCCAGAUACAGAUUUAA